AUGGCACCGAAAAAGCGCAGUAGCUCUCCCUCUCUCGACAGAGGAUCCUCAAGCGCUCCUUCUUCACCCAAGAAAGGGAGAGCAGGCGCAUCUUCCUGGACCGAUGAUCAAGGUAGGUGGCGCCAGAGAAGACCAAAUCCUGGGGAAGUCUGCUUGUUGUUCGCGCUCAUGCCUUUGUCUGCUCGUGGCAUCUCGACACAGAUCGUCGCUUGCUGCUGGCAUACCUCGCAGCGGAUGGCCAGGCACCUCCUCUAAGCGAAGCCAAAAAAGCCGCCAUGGCAUCUGCUACGCAGAGAAGCGAAGAGGCGGUCAGGGUGAGUUUGUCUCACGCAUGCGUAGUCGCGCAUUUGGCCAUCACUCUGACGUAGGCAUGCCCUUUCAUCAGCAACGUUGGAAGAAGGUCGUCAUUCCUGCUGUCAAGAAAAUGAUCGAGCAACUUGAAGGUAAAGUCGUCGAGGAACAGGAUCAGGGUGAUGAGUGA